UCGCCUCAGACGUCUGCUCGAUCCUACUCUCACGUUGAACCUUCCCUUUAAGCUUUCCGUUUAUUCUCGUUUCCACCUUCGAUUCUUCCGCUUUCAAUAAAAUCCCGCGAUGGCUUUGGACGCGAACGAGAAGAGCUAUAUCCUGGACGCGAGGAACAACUACGAGGACGGUGGCAGUCUGGGUUCGGAGGAAUCUUACGACGACAUGCGACAACUUGUCGGGGAAAAGAACGAAGAAUCUGGAAAAUUCAGUAGUCUACCCCUGGCCAGUUUUAAUUUCAUCAAUUCCAUCAUUGGCAGUGGUGUUAUUGGUAUACCCUACGCUCUUCACCAGGCUGGAUUUGGCCUCGGGAUAGUAUUAUUAAUACUAGUAGCAGGCCUCACUGAUUACUCUUUAAUUUUAAUGAUUAGAAGUGGAAACAUUUGCGGUGAAAUGAGUUACCAGGGUUUAAUGAGAGCCAGUUUCGGUCGUACAGGAUUCUAUAUUCUUACGACUCUGCAGUUCAUUUAUCCAUUCAUAGCGAUGGUCUCUUAUAACGUUGUUGUCGGCGACACGGUGACGAAAGUGCUAAUAAGGGUAACAGGGAUGAGCGAGACAAGCAUUUUCGCUCAUCGUCAAGUGGUUGUCUUGUUCGCGACCGUUUGCAUCACUAUACCGCUGUGUCUUUAUAGAAAUGUUGCUCGUUUGGCCAAGAUCUCGUUUCUUUCGUUGGUCUGCGUUGGUUUCAUUCUAUUGGCUAUUUUAAUUCGGAUGGGUACGAUGUCAGCAAUUGUGCCAAGCCAAGAGGAUAGUUGGCGAUUCGCGAAUUUCCCCGGCAUUAUUCCAUCCGUUGGAAUUAUGGCAUUCGCCUUUAUGUGCCAUCAUAAUACAUUCCUUAUCUACGAGUCUAUAGAAAGGGCUACUCAACAAAAGUGGGACAUCGUCACCCAUUGGUCGCUCUUCACUUCCUUCGUGAUCGCAACAGCUUUUGGAAUCAUCGGAUAUGCCACGUUUACCGCGUACGUUCAGGGUGAUCUUAUGGAAAAUUAUUGCUGGGACGAUGAUCUCAUGAACUUUGCCAGAAUCAUGUUCAGCGGGACUAUUCUACUUACUUUUCCCAUUGAAUGCUUCGUCACAAGGGAGGUAAUACUGACGGCGAUCAAAGGGACCGAUGAGCUCGAAGAUCAUACUGCAUACGUCCCUAACUCCGACCGGAAAUACUUGAUAAUAACUUUGUCGAUAGUGGUUGUCGCAUACCUGAUAUCGAUGUCAACAGAUUGUCUGGGUGUGGUUCUCGAAUUGAAUGGAAUCCUCGCUGCUGUACCUCUAGCUUACGUUCUACCUGGCCUGUGCUACCUCAAACUCGAAGAUGGACCAAUUCUUUCCUCCAAAAAGCUUCCGGCGCUUGGUUUGAUGUCCGCUGGCGUGUUUGCCGCGGUCUCUGGUUUGCUGUUGCUGAUCCUGAACAACGAUACUUCCAGUUCCUGCGUGCAUGGACAGGUAAUGCCGUAUUGUAUCGAGGGUAUGAAUAGCACGAAUUUCGAUUCAAGCAUGAAAAGUACCGUUAGUCCGAUAUAAUCGAGCACGUUCGAAUUGACCGAGGAAUUUUCAAAAGCUUUUAUUCAAAGCAGAUAGCUUUGCGAUGCUCGAAGUUGCGGUUUUAAUUUCAAGUCAAAGGAAUUUCAAUUUUCUCUGUCUCUCUUUCUGGUUUCUUUUUGGUUUUUGAUUUUGGUAAUCGAAUGCAACAAGUAUGAAGGAGCAUGAUAAGUCACGUUUUGUGUUUCUUAUGUAAGAGCGAUUUUUAAAUUCAAUAUGUUGUCUAGCUCUUCUUUCGUUUGAUCCUGGAAAUGUGUACGUGUCUUUCUUACUCUUUUAUUUGUUAAAAAAAUUUACCAAAAGAGAAGAUAUAUAUAUAUUAAUAACAUUGGUAUUAAUCAAGUUAAAAUAAUUUUUUAUAUAAUAAUUUCACCUAUUUUCAGAAAGCUUACAUAUUUAUAUCCAUCUAUCCAUUAUUCUCUUCUCCGAUCAUUUCAUAUUAAAAUACUCUUUUUUUAGUCACCAAAUGACAUAAAAGUCGGAAAAUCAUCAAAAAUAGAUUAUCUCAAUAUAUUCUUUCCAUGUGAUCUUCGAUCUUCGAUCGAAAUAGGAUAAGGUAUAAAAUUAGACUGCGGAGAUUUAUGCAAUGUCAUGCUUUUUAUGAGCAAUUAUAAAGAAAAAAAGAGAUUUAUUUUACUCACUAAAUAUGAUAAUGAAUACUGUACUCGUAUUUGGGUAUUACAUGUAUACCUAUUUUUGAAUGUCGUGACCAUCCUGCGCUUUCUUGCACCUUUAAAUUUCCCACAAACGCAUAAAAGUCCGCGGUCUACUUAUAGUAAAUCACGUUUCAACGUUGCUGGAGCAUCAUUACAUUAUUGGUAGUAACAUUAUUAUUGUUAUCGGAAUGGAGGGGAGUAGGAUUUUGUUUGAUUAAAUCGAGAAACAAAAAUCAAAAGCUUUCUCUUCCACGGUUAAAAUCUACGUGCUUAGUAUAUAUGCCGUAGAUAUUAUAGUAAUGUAACUACUGAGAAAUCUGGGGGGAAAAUAUAUCAUGCUGAACAAGCGAAAACACGUUGAAAGUUUAAAUAUGUUAUAAUACACGAUGUACCAUGAGUAGAUUGAAGAGACAACUACUUGUUAAAUAUAUUGGCACUUUAUUCUGUGGAAUGCGUGAAUUUAAAUAUUUUUCAAAUCAGAAAACUAUAGACAAUAUCGUAAUAUAUGAUGACCUUGCGUUGCGCACAUUUCUUUCGGUGUUGGAAUAUCAUUGAUUGUGACGAGAUUAAUAGAAAUCAUACCUAGCUCUUCCUUUAAUUAAUUUUAAUAUUUUAUAAUACGAGCCGAGUCAACUGAAACAUCUUAUGAUUAACGAUGUUUUAAAUCUUUUAAUUCCAUAGAAUCAUACCUGUUAUGUCCUUUUUUACGGCCUAAAAUAUUUUUUAUCAAUAUUUAGUUCAUGGUAUUCUUAAUAUUUAACAUUUAAUAUUUAAUUGUUCGAUCUUUCGGUACUAGGUAAAAAAAAUCUUAAUUUUUCUUUUUUAUCGAACUUUUUAAUCGAUAAAAAUGUAUCUUGUUCUUAUAAUUAUGAAAUUAUUGAUUUGCAAAGUGUUUGGUAGCUGAAAUUUACGUGCACCUGGGUGAACAUACAUACUGAUAUAAGAUACGUACGAUUGGUCCGACGAAUUCAUAAGUAGCUUUAUAAAUGGCAGUGUUGAAGUUGAUUACAAAUGUAGGGAUUGAAUGGUGGGUGAGAAAUUAUUUACCCGAGUCGUAGUCGUUUCAUUCCAAACAGGCAACGUAUAACGUAUAACGAAGUCAGAGAGGCUGUCGGACGAAUUAAUUGCAAAUGCUAUAUUUAAUUGCUUGCAGAUGAAGCACAUUAUUUAGUCGACGUAGCAGUGUAAGGUGUUCCACGAAAUUAAUAGAUUUUCUAUUUAAAUUUAAAAAGCAUAUAGUAUUUAUUGAUAAAUAUAGCUGCCAAUAAAUUACUAUUCAUAUAGAGCCAUGAAACUACUUUCGAUUGAUUAAUUUCAUCAAACGACAAGAAAUAUUUAUAGAAAGACUUAUUUUGAUGAAAUGAAAAAUUAAAGAAAAAGACGGUAGGCAGGGAGUUAAAGGAAUGGGGAAAAAAGUAUGGCGAUAGAUCCGAGCAUGAUGGAAAGCAUCGAAUAGGAAAUUCAAGAGAAAAUUCUAUUCUUUCUUUUUGAUGAUGAGUUGAUAUAUGUAUAAUGGAACUGAAUGCAUGAUAUCGAGAAAAAAUAUUAUUUCCAUCGAAUAUCAACUCUCGAUGUAACUAGAUAUAUUCUUUGUCGAUCAGAACGAUACUCAUUAUAAUCAAAUAAAUAAUAUUAAUAAGCUGUUGCGACACUAUUUUUCGAAUCUUUAUCAUAGGGGCAUAUUACGAAACAAAGGGUAGCAUACCAGGAUUUUGUAUUAAAAAAAGAAGGAGGAACAAUAUGAUACAAUGGUUUUUUCAUUCGAUAUUGCAUCGAAAGUAUUUUGUAACGUGAGAAAGGAUUUACUUAAUUGCAAAUCAUUCUACAGUUUUUUUAUUUUCUUUUAGACAGUUUGUUAACUAUUCUGCAAUUUGUUUGCACAGUUGAUAUAUUUCUAAACAUAGUAAACGCGUCUACCAUAUAGCGUAUACGUAUAGUCCAUAGUAACGCGUUUUCUUUCUUUUUCUAUCUCUUCUCUUUUUUUCCUUCUUCUCAAUACGAAAUCGAACUAUAUUUGUUUCCUGAAAGAGUUUAGUUUUAACAUAGGUGAAAUAUACAAGAUAUUUCGUAGGAUCGGUGCAAUUACAAAAGUAGAUAUUUGAAAAUCUGAAACAAGAUAACUUACUGAAGUUUUCAACAACACGCAAUUACCUUUACCUUCCUGUUUUCAAUAUAAUUAUUCGAUAAACAUUUAAUUUUUAUUUCUGCAUGCCAAUUAAAAUAGCAUAAUCUUUACAAUACAAAAUAAGUGUGUGUGUGUGUGUGUGUGUGUGUGUGUGUGUAUGUUAUGAAAAAUAAAGUCAAUUUAUGUAAUAAAAUUUGCAAACAGUUAUCUUGUUUUAGAUGUAUUGUAGAAAUGUUUGAUUUUUUAAUUGCAUUAAAUCCUAAGAAGUGCAACGUAUUAGGCCUAAUAGGUAUUAACUAAUAUACACGAAAGAGUAUAAUUCGCAUAGAUGGGGGAUAUAAAACAAUCAGAGACCACGAUAACGAAAGUAUUUAUCGAAAACCGAUAAAGAAUCUAAUUAUUUAAAUUACGCUCCGGUUGAAAUCUUUAUGCUUAUUGUAAAGA